AUGUCGACCGCGGAGGAACUCAUGCGCGAUUUCGAGGACGAUGAUGAAGAUUUCCAACAAGAUGAGGAUCUCGAAUUAGAGCAGGAAGAUGAGCAAGAGGCUCCCAAAGAAGGCGGCGAGGUCACCAACGAGUUCGACCGCUCAAUUACAACCGGUGAUGAACUCACCCGACUACACAAAGUGCUGCGCGAUCACUACUCUAUCCGAUUCCCUGAACUCGAAACUCUUGUCACAAGCCCUAUCAAAUACGCGAAAACCGUCGCUAUCCUCAAAAAUGGCCCGCUUGACGACAUCAAGGCCAUCUCUAACUCUACGGACAACUUGGUGGGGGAGUCUCUCAAGGGUGUGCUGGAUGGCCCCUCUCUCAUGGUUGUCGCGGUCGAGGGAACGGGCACCCGUGGUCGUGAGAUGACCGAUUCGGAAUUGAAGAUGGUGAUGGAUACAUGCGAGAAGAUUAUUACACUUGAUCGGGAACGUACAGCGCUCACAGAGAGUAUCCGAUCUCGUGUGCACCAGAUUGCCCCCAAUCUAGCGACACUCAUUGGAGCUCAAACUGCCGCCCAGUUCCUCAACCAGACCGGUGGAUUACUAGACCUAGCGAAAAUCCCGGCUUGCAACCUGGGUGCACAGGGUUCUAGGAGACAAGAUGGAUUGGGUUUCGCUACGAACCAUGGCGUGCGGUCACAAGGCUUCCUGUACGACUCGCCACUUAUUCAGGAAGUUCCCAAUGACCUGAAAAAGCAAGCCAUCCGAAUCGUAUCCGCCAAGAUGGUUCUCGCAACCCGCGCCGAUGUAUCAAAAUAUGCCAAGGAUGGCUCGCUCGGCGAGGAACUGAAAGAGCAAUGCUUCAAGCGACUGGAGAAACUGACUGAGCCUGCCCCUAACGCUUCAACCAAGGCCCUUCCAGCCCCAGAUGAUAAGCCAUCCCGGAAGCGUGGUGGUCGACGUGCACGAAAGGCCAAGGAGGCUAUCGCUAUGACUGAGAUGCGCAAGGCCCAGAACCGGGUUGCCUUCGGCAAGGAGGAGUCAGAGGUCGGAUACGGUACAGGCGAAGGCACUGUCGGUCUGGGUAUGCUGGGCCAAAAGGAAGAUGGCCGCAUUCGUGCUACACAGAUCGACCAGCGCACCCGAGCCAAACUCAGCAAGAACAACAAGGGCUGGGGUGGCUCCACCCCGGCCGGUGGUACCGCCUCCUCUUUGCGUGGCUUUGGUCAGGGCGGCAUGAGUGGCACUGCCAGUGUUCUUCAAUCCAAGGGCCUCCGCAGCUCGGGUGUUGGAACUUCCUUGGGUGGCGGCUCAGCUGGUACCGCUAGUACCAUUGCAUUCACACCUGUGCAGGGUCUCGAGCUCGUUGAUCCUAAGGUGCAAGCCGAACUCAGUCGCAAGCGCAAGGCUGAAGAAGACCGUUGGUUCAACUCUGGCACAUUCACGCAGGUUGGCGGCAGCCAGAGCAGCACCCAACCCAAGGAAAAGGAUGGGUUCAAGGUUCCAGCUCUGCCGCUCAAGAAAAAAGUGGAUACUGGAGAGGGCAAGAUGGGCCCACCUGCUAGGCCAUAA